UUUUUAAAGAAUCUCACCCACCCAGUUUGCAUUGCGCGCUCACGCUCAACUCACGCUCUUCAUUCGCCAUUUUCAGGGCCCCCGAAAAUCCAAGUUUUAUAACCUUGAUAUUCCAUCCUUUCUUUCGAUAAUUUAUUGGCGUUGUUAAGGUCCUGUUUCCUCUGGAAUUACUUCUAUAGUUUCGGAACUAUCUUUUUGAUUCACAUUCGUGGAAGAAAUUUCUUUCCAAGGGCACUGUGUACUUAGUUUUCUGUCGCAUUUCGUUGAAACGGCGGCCAUUAUGGCGGAUAGCCGUCCUGCUAGGGGCCGUCCAAGAAGACCAGAAGGCAUCAAACGCCUUAAACUCAGGGAAUCUACAUACAAUCUGUGGAUUGAACGGAAGGAGGCCCUUGGGCUACACGGAAUUACGAAUAAUGAUUUUGCGGCGAUGCUUCUUCACCAGCAACUUAUACGAGAGCGUGAUCGAUCUCCUCACGCUCAUCCAGAUGAUACUUCACCUCAAGUGCAUCAAGGUAAAAUAUUGAAUAAUUUUUUAAAAAAACUCACUUUUUUUAUUAUGCCAUUAUAGCAGUUUUAGUAUUUCGCUAUUUUUUUUGUUAUACAUUGCGCCUUCUUUCGUAUUUUUUGGUAGGAAGAAGGCAGCUAUUCCUCCAGUCGACCCCGAUGGGUAAAGAAAUCAGGACUGAGAGUAUCACAGUUUCCCCUUUAUCCUUUGCUGGUGCUGCAGAAAACUCAAGUUUGAGCAAGUGAGUACUUUUAAUUUAGCGUAGAGUCUACAAUCGGUAUGUUGUGUUAAAAUGAUAGGCUUGGAAACCUUGUACUAAUAUCAUACAACAAUAAUGAGUUUCUUCAUGGCUUCGUUCAUGUUUUGUUGUAUUUAGGAUUGAAUUUGAUGAGCUAGAGAAAGACCAACUGACCGGGCACAGGACUCUUUUGGAUGAGCUUUCUAAUUGGAAUCCCCUGUUUUCCUCUCUAGAGGCAACCCUCAUUCAGAGGCAGAGACUAUGA